GAUUUUUGCGAUGUCUGGUCCGCCAGCUUUGGUUCGUGUCGUAGUCCUGUAACUGUAUCGCAUUUCGUACAAAAAUGAAGAUUAUUGCUGGAGCCCAUGGGUCAGCUUUCGUUCAGUCUCUACUGUAUCUAAGCGCGUCGUUCUCUCCACAAUGUUACCGGUAUACAUGCUUAUCUGCUUUUCUGUCCUCGUGGUUUUGUCGUUCUGGAGUUCGUCUCGUCCGUUCAUGCCACUGGGCAAUUGUCUUUUCGUCCGGUUGGCGUUGUGUCUUGUUUUUUUCUGAUGUGCGUAAACGUAGCCGAGAUUGAUCGUCAGACACACUCUAAUCGAAUUCAAAUAAAUCAGGACAUUAUACCCACACCAAAUACAAAUUGCAUCACCAGUUUUCCAAAAUCGCGUUCAACUAAAUUGUACAACAUUUAUUCAUCGGCAUUCAAUACUUACAUUUCAUCCCUUUAUUCCCUUCUGGUUCUUUCGCAGUCCAGACCCAGAGUCUUCGUUUCUGAAACCUAUCGUCUAUCAAAUUGUCAAGCGAAAACACGAUGACAGGUGGUCUAGAUUGUCCCAAAGGCAUCGCAUUUCCGGCGAUCACCCCAGUGCGACGGCUGGAAGCCGCUCCUGCAGUGUGGGCACCGACCCCGAUUUUAUUGUCAGCACAUACCAGCAUCCCGCCAUUGAAUUUCGACGCACUACAGACCCAGAAUUCCCUCGGUGGGGCCGACAGCAGUAAGUUCCGGGAUCAUGUUCUUGAAGUGGCGACAGACGUGGGAAGCGACUGGGACAGCGCCAGCGAAACAGAUGUGGAUACGGACGAAUAUGAAUACGAUGAGGAUGAUUCCAUAUCUGAAUGCGAGUACUCGGCCAAUGUAUUUCCUGCCCCGAACACCCAUGCAGAUGCAGAAUCAGGCGACGUAGUUUACCCUCGUACCCAGCAUGCGGCUCCACUUUUUCCUAUCCCGUCCGAGGAAGACGUCGACACGGAGUUCGGCACGGUUGCCAAGGAGUGGCCAGCGGAGGAGGAUCCGUGGAAGGCGGAGAAAGCUGCGGCGACUUCCGUUGCGAUCGGCCUCGGGUGCGGGACCGUCACGACCUUCCUGUUCGGCGCAGGAGUGGUCGCUUUGCCUAUGAUGGUAGCCAAAUACUUCGUCGGCCAGUCAUUGCUACACGGGUCGCAGUAUGUCCUCACAGAGCCAAGUACGAAGGGCCGAGGGGCUUUCGCAAAGGCAUUACCGGAAAAGCUCGGGGGUCACAUGACCCGUCUAGUGAGCGAGACCGUACCUGUCCUCGAGGAUGUUGCGGACGUGGGCUACUACAUGUUCGAAGAGGUGAAGAGAGACACCUACUCACUUUUUUUCCCGGGAGAUCGAGAUUCUACUGCACAGGAACCAGAAAGUAACUCCGAGACGCAGAGGCACUAAUCUUUGUAACAGACUUUCAUCGUGCUUUUCUGAUGGAACGCGGCCUUACGAAAGAUCAGUAGCUUGCAAAGCAACCCUUUUUGUACGCCUACCCCCUUUCCCAAACGCCUACCUGCUUUCCAAUCCUGGACAGGCAGUUAGUUUACAAGCACGCACGAUUGUAUUUUUUUCUCUACCCGGAUACCAGUCCUAUUUAAUACUCAAAAAGGCAAUCCUGUCGGAAGAAACCGGCAUCAGCUUUUUCCCCUAUGUUGUGCCUGGACAUCUUCCGUGCAAGAGGAUUGAUUCCAGUCAGAAUGAUAGUUUGUGACACGCCCUGCAUG